CGAAAUUUUGUUUUAUUGGUAGUUCACUGGCCAGCCCGCCAACGCUGGGGGAGCAGCCAGCGAACGGCGGGACAGAUAGGCUUAUGAUUGGUCUGUAUAAGGAGGCUAAAUUUCCAAAAGCACAGGGAUCGUUGUUUUGUGGCUGACUUGCCACAGACGGGUCGUUUCCCGCCCCCGUACCAACGGUCCAGACUACUCGGUUUCUCCUCGCCAACGCCGCAUAGUAGCAGCUGCGCCGUGAUGGCCUAGACUCCAGACAAGAGUGAUAUUGAGCCCGAAAAUGAGCCUUUUGGACUUCCUUUUCCCAUUAAGGACAGCUUUAACAGAUAUCACAGCGUGUUCGAUGCUGCUGUUGUGUACUCGUCACCUAGGCUAUUGUAGUACAUGUGGGAUGGUGGCUGCCACGCAAAACCCAAUGACCAGAGGUGCUACCAGGGGUUGGACUGUGUUGAGGGCAUGGGAAACUUGUGUCGAUCACCCGGGAGAGGACAUCUCAAUCCGUGGAAGAGAUGCUUCACCGCUCGCUCGUUGUUUUGUUCGAAUACAGGCUGCUCAUCCACGUUGGUUCGCACUCGGAUACACGCAAGGAGAAAAUUUGCUGCCAUCGUUUCAUGCGAAGGGCGCGAUUACUAUUAUCAUACAAAAAGCAGAACAAUGCGCAUGACAAUCAUCGCCCGAACUAAAAACUUUUCAGUCGAAGUUGAGCACACAGUCCAGCGGAGCACCGUUGCCAGCUUGCGGGGAGCACCUGUAAAAUCCUCUAGUUUUGAGAUCAUGCCAACGGCUUCGGCCCCUGUUCUCCAACUUCUAAAGCGUGGAGACAGCUACUUUGUCAGUGCAGGCACUGGCAAGUUACUCCCAGCCUCACUACCCGAUCUUAUGAGCUCGUGGGCGGGGGCUGCCAUGGCGUUUGAGGCUGGCUAUAUCAGGGAUGUAAUGCGAUACAUCCGGUUGUACCCAUUUAGUAAUGGCCACCUGCAUAUCACUGGUGAAAAGACUGAUUUUCCUUGCACUGUUACACUCUCUUUUUCCGGAUCACAUACCCACUCCAUAACUAUCCCGUCCGAAGCUCUGAAUACGUGGCCUGGGCGGAUCAUACGGUGGGAAAACAAAAGACUAUCUUCGGGGUGGGAGUGCACAUGCGAUUGGAAGAUUGGUUCGGCUGUCAUUAUGAGCUUUGUGAUUGGAUUAUGGACGGACAUGUGGAGGCUUCAUUCUCUUGCAUCGGCUAAUAACGAAAAGGAAUUGCUUUUCCCCGAGGAUCAGGGCCCCGAAUCUUUCUCGUACGAUUUAAUGGCUUCGAUGGAUGACCGUUCAAGGCACGAGAAACACAAGGCCCGAGCUUGGAAGGAUCGAAUGGCAUGGGAACGGUGGGGUGUACGGCCACAGGACGUAGUACGCUAUCGCGUAUCGUAUUUCAAGAGUAUCCUGCUUGCCGAUGGGACCAUUGAAAUGGAUGACAACGAGAAAGCGGAUAUUCCUGGAUCCCGCCAGCGGUAUUGCAUUUUCGUCGGUUUCGAAAUGAAACCUCGUGAAGGAUUGAUGGUGCUAAGAUUCCUGGUUUCCAGUGAGGAUGGGUUAAAGCCAUGGACGAAACUCGCGCCGCAUAAUUACACCCUUCGGGACUUGGGCAUUCGACUUGACGAGAGUAGUGGAUCAACGUCACCCACCACGGAGUUUGAAGAUGAUUAG